GCAGGUGUCGCUGCAGGGCGCGGCAUCGCCUCGGCCGCUCUCGUUCUACGCCGGCGGCAGCGGGCGGCGGCGCAAAAUGGCGGACGAGGGCUCCGUGUGCAGCUUCGUGUUCAAGAAGCGGGGCCCGGCGGCGGGCCGCGGCCGGCGCAAGCGGCCGAGCAGCGACCAGGAGCGGGAGAGCAGCGGCGAGGAGGGCAGCACGGUGGUGCGGAAGGAGCGGCGGCGGGACACCCCCAACCCCAUGAUCCAGAAGACCAGGAGAUGUGUCAAGGAGAAGCCCACGUACGAGCUGAGCAGCAGUGACGAGGAGGACCAUUCGAAGGAGAUUGGGGUCACUUACAAAUCGACAAGGUCGGCGAAACCUGUUGGCCCUGAAGACAUGGGCGCCACGGCAGUGUAUGAACUGGACACAGAGAAGGAGAAGGAUGCCCAGGCCAUCUUCGAGCGCAGCCAGAAAAUCCAGGAGGAGCUGAGAGGGAAGGAGGAUGAUAAAAUUUACCGUGGUAUUAACAACUAUCAGAAGUAUGUGAAGCCCAAGGACACGUCAAUGGGAAAUGCCUCUUCAGGAAUGGUCAGAAAAGGACCCAUCCGUGCUCCGGAGCACUUGCGGGCCACAGUGCGAUGGGACUACCAGCCCGACAUCUGCAAGGACUACAAGGAAACUGGGUUCUGCGGCUUUGGAGACAGCUGCAAAUUCCUCCAUGAUCGCUCAGACUACAAACAUGGCUGGCAGAUUGAACGGGAAUUGGAUGAAGGCCGCUACGGAGUCAAUGAUGAGGAAAACUAUGAGGUGAGCAGUGAUGAGGAGGAUAUGCCCUUCAAAUGCUUCAUCUGCAGAAGUUCCUUCAAGAACCCCGUGGUCACCAAGUGUAGGCACUACUUCUGUGAGAGCUGCGCACUCCAGCACUAUCGCAAAUCCCAGCGCUGCUACGUGUGUGACAAGCAAACCAAUGGUGUCUUCAACCCAGCAAAAGAGCUUAUGGCAAAACUGGAAAAGCACAAGGGUGAGGAGGAGUCAGAUCAUUCAGACCAUGCAGAUGAUCCAUAAUAGCAAAGCACCCUCUUUUGUAUCUAGCCGAAUAAAGUUUCAUGGAAAAAAAUGCACUGAUUGCAGCAGUUGCCUCAGGCUCAGCAGCUGUAGCCAGUGCUUGUUUAUCCAACCAGCAGUUACUAAAAACAGUGUCCUGACUGAAGCUGGACUCUGUUCACUGCUCCACAAAGGCACAAGACUGAACAGGUAAGUCGGACUCUGAGUCACAUCUGAGUACAACUGCCUGCUACCAGCGUGCUGCCAACAGGACCCGAGCAUUUUGCCUUUAAAAAGAAGUUAGAAAAUAAAGAUAUAUUUAAUUAAA